CAUGCGUUUCGUGAGGGCCCCCGGAAGUACAUCCAUGCACGUGUAGCAUAUUUGACAACCUUGAAAAGACUACAAGACAUUUCUGCCAAAGAAGAAGAAGAACUACAAGACAACUCGUCUCGCAACCUAUGUCUUUUAACCGGUCGUAGCAGAGAUGCCAGUAACAAGACUAUUAUACCCUCUCUACCAGCUGGGAAAUCCUCAGCUGAGGAUCUUUAGACCAAACUGGUUUCUGACUCUUGUGAGGCCAGGAAAAGAGCAGCCUCUUGAUACUGCACAGUUUCGGAUUCCAAUGGAAAUGACGAAGUGUGAUGUGAAGAACUACCUGGAGAAGAUCUACAACGUCCCUGUAGGAGCAGUUCGCACUAGGAUACAGUUUGGCUCCAACAAGAAGAGGAAUCACCUUAACCAGAAGGUUAAGCAGCCUGACUAUAAAGUAGCUUACGUCCAGCUGGACUUCUGCAGAUUUGGCCUGGAUACUUCUACUAACCCAGGCUCAGGGCCAGACCUUCACCUUCCCCGACGUCUUCCCAGAUAAAGAGCGGGCGCCAACGGAGGGCUCCAUGGAGGAGAUGCAGGAGAAGUUCAUGAAGGAUGAGAAGCAGAGGCAGAAGCUGGACCCCAGGAGAGGAGGGGUCACAGAGUGGUUCGGACUCUGAGAAAGCCCUCUGACAAAGAACCCUGCACUCGUAUGCAAGCAGAGGGUGUUUCGUUUGAAGCAAAGUUUAUUGAUUUACAACAAGAUUGUUGUGAUGUCAGUUCUGUUUCUGUAAGAAUUAUUCACACGUUUUGAAGUAAGGAAGACUUAGCGUGUGUGUGGGAGACUGGAGACAUGUGUUUGUGUGUGUGUGUGUGUGUGUGUAUGUGUGAGUUUGCAAUGAUUCAAUCCAGAAACCCGAGCCAGAAAAUUAUCACAGGAGGAGCAGAGUGGCUCGGUUCCAUUUUUUUUCAAACCAGCCCAGUGUACAGAAUCUCCAUCACCUCAGAUGACCUUCCCUCUUCCCUCUUUCCUCUCCACCUCCUUCUCCUCUUACUCCACUUCUCUGUCUCUCCUCUUUCCUCAGAAGUUCCCUUUCUUCUUCCUCUCCUCGUCCUUCUCCUAUACUGCUCUUCUUUUGCCAUGCUGAGGAGUGGUAUAUUGUGGUAUCCCUAGAAGCCCUGACUCUCUGCCAGCUGGAUCUGUCUACCUGGACAACCCACAUCCUUUCCUCUUUUAUGAGUUUGCCUUGGAUUAAUUGACCACUUUAGAUAAACAACAAUUUAAAUGUUGUGUCAGCAAAGCAACGAUAUGGAAUUAGCUGGAGUGUUUUAUUAUUUUGUGGUAACACCUCUUGCCAUAACUCUGAGAGAAGAUGUGUGUGUGUGCAUGCAAGACUCGCCAGUGAAUCUGUCUUAAUUGUAAAUGCUGUUGGAGUAAGACUAAAUAAACGGUCACUUGUCCAAGAA